AGCUAGGUAGCUUGUUGAACUAAUGGGAGACCCCACCAUGUACGAUUUCCUCAAGCUAAAUGCUGCUGCUAAUUCAUCGAGCAAAGUCGUGAUGAAUCCUCCUCCUGCAGUGGCAGCUAGUCCUAGUCCUCGCCUCUUCUCGUGCCUCUACUGCAAUCGCAAGUUCUGCACCUCCCAAGCCUUAGGGGGCCACCAGAAUGCCCACAAGCGCGAAAGAGCCGCCACUCGAACCACCACUACGCCUCACCAUCCUAAUAAUUCAAUGAUGGCCGCUGCUCCUCCUCCUCCUCCCUACGGCGGCUAUUGGUCCUCUCCAUCAGCUCCUCAUCAUAGUUAUUAUACUAAUAAUAAUAAUAAUAAUGGAGGACAACCUGCUGCUGCGGCGGCGGCGCCUUUGGUAGAUAUUCACCACGAGGCCGAUAACGACAAUGGAAAGCUUGACCUCUCGCUUCGGUUGUGAUUUAUAUUUAUAUUGAUAUGUAUAUGUAUAUGUAUAUGCAUGGAUGGAUGGAUUGGUCUAGAAAGAAAGAAAAAAGGAAAGAAAGAAGGUGCGUGGUGCAUGGAAGGGUGGGUCAGAGUCAGACGCGCCAUCGAUAAAGGCUAAUCUGUGACUACACUGUAUGAUCAGUAUGUGCAGCUAUCUAUCUAUCUAUCUAUCUAUCUUCUUUAACAAACCGUUUAGUGAUUAGUUCCCGACCUGACCUG